GGAGCGUUUGUCUGCAAGGUGUUUCGUGUAUGACACUGCUAUUAAAAUUUAUUAGGUACAACUGGCAGCGGCUGAUUGUAUGCAUUCUCUAUAGAAAUAAUUUCAUUAAAACUUGAAAGCCAGUCCGGAAUGGUGUGCUAAAGAUGGCCGCGAUCAGAGCGAGGUCUCUCCGGUGCACAGGAAGCCUUGGACGAAGCAAAUCUGAGGGCACACUGAUAGAUCUUGAGGAUGAUAGAGCUCUGAGGGCCAGCAAUGUCAAUGGCCUUAAUGCUGCGCCUCAGGUGUCAGAGCACUCUGAUUGGCCCAUUCUACAGCCUGAGGUCCAGCACAUUCCCCUCCAAGCCACAAACCCAUUUUGGAACGGGCUAUCAGAAUCAAACCCCUUUUUGGAUGACAUAAUACACAAUGACACAGAUAACCAGAGUGCAGCUGUAAACUCCACCAUGCUUAAAGAUGACCUUUUCGCUACAUUCGAUGAUGGUGAUGAGGAUGCCCUGAGUAUCUGCUCAGAUGAAAUAAAUCUCAACCUCCUCUUGACUUCUAGACAAAGGAGUGCAAAGCAUUCUGGGAGGUGGAGCAGUGCCUCUGAUCUGCUGGAUGUUCUGGACACAAAGGAAUCUCAGAAGCAGAAGGAGAACCAGCUCAACUCUUGGAACCAGCUUCUUAACCCUGAUUUAGAAUGGCUGAAGAAUGAUAUGGAAGCCUACAAAAUGGCUUGGUUGAGUCAUAGGCAGUUGACAAGGUCAUGCCUUGACCUUGGCCUGAUGAGUCAGAGUCCAGGCUGGGCUCAGACUCAGGCCACUGACACUCAGAUUGUCUGUAGGUUUGACUACGAUGGGGGGUCCGUUCAACUACCUGACUCUGACAUCAGUGCUCACAUCCCAGAAGGGCACAUUGAGCCUGGCGAGGUUCAAGAAAUUGCCCUAAAAGCCAUUUUUGAACCCCCACAAGGACUCAAUGAUGACCUCUCAACUAUUGUGACACCUCUGCUGGAGGUGAGUCUCAGCAAUAUUGGUGCAAAGGGAGGCAUUUCUCUGGAGAUGAAAGUGGCUGGUGAGAUCAAGAGUGACCCUCUCAGUCAGGUCAUGGCUGAGUUUGUGUGCUUGGUCGGCUACCAGAGGGAAGGUCCUUUUCAAAAGAUCAAGAGCUUUUACGUGUAUAAGAACACAUUGCAAGUGAAGCUGCCAGACCUGAAACCGCAAAUGUAUUUCACUGCAGCUGUGCAGGCUCCCAUCAUUAAACCUCCUGCAACAUGUGUAUGGGACUAUGCUGAGCGGCAUCUCACUGUUGGGGUUUAUGGGCCCAAGCAUAUACAUCCAUCAUUCAAAGUUGUCUGUGUAGUUUUUGGUUACAACCAGAUUCCACCGAAGCUUCCAUUUCGUGACAAGAAGCUGAGCAAUAACAGGCCACCUCUUUUGUUGCAACUUUGGGGAAAGCAUCAGUUCAAUCCAAAAGGGCUGAAGGCUUUGCAGAUCAUACCCUCCCCAUUGGACUUAAAGUUUCAGAUAAAACCGAUGGAUCAAAUUACACAGGUGACUCAAGAGGACCUGAAAUUGGGCCGAGUGGUUUACCUUCCAUUUGCUGUGUCUAAGUCCACCAGUGUGGAGAUGGUGCCUUUCAGACUGAACGUCCAUGUAAAGGACUCAGUUGGUCUCCCAUUGGCAGAGUUUCAUCUGCUAUCCCCAGAUCCCUCUCCCCGGAAGUCAGAGAAGUACAGGGAGAUAAUGCAACCACCUGUUAUUCUAGAGGAAGCUUCAGUGCAGUUGCCUGUAUUUCAAAACAGGCCAGUGACAGUGGUGCAGUAUGGGGUGGCACUAAAGUCAGUCAUCCGGCAACCACGGGUGGAGUACUUACUCGAGUAUUUCAAGGGGGAAACCAUGGCUAUCCUUUGCCAGGAGACAGUGAAGUCAGCAGGGCAGUCAAAGGUGAAGGAAUGGUACAUUGGAUUUCUUCGUGGAAGGGUUGGCCUGGUGCAUUGCAAGAACGUGAAAAUCAUCACCAAGGAUCAGGUGAUUGACUUUUCUGGGGCUGAGGUCACUACCCAGGUGCUCCUUGAGAACAUUGCCAUGCCAUUUCAGAAGCUGACUUACAUGUACUCAGCUGUCCAGCUGCUGGUUAUGGAGUGUGCACCCAGUUGGAGAGCUUUGGGAGUGGCCCUGGGAUACUCAAAUCAGAUGCUGGAUGAGAUGGUCCAGGGCCGUGGGGAUGAGACGAAGGUGGACAGAUUGGCCUGUCUGCUGGAGAGGCUGAAGGAGGACUGUCAUGAGGAGACGACUAGGAAGAGAUUUCUGCAUGAGCUGGCUACUGGACUUCUGAAAAUAGGAUGUCAUGGCUUGGUGGUUCAUCUCGCCCAGAAUACUGUGAUUCUGUCAGCGGCUGUGCAGCUGGGGGUACAAUGGAGGGAGCUUGCUAGGCAGCUGGCCAGGCUGUCGAGCGCUCACAUUGCUGGAUAUGAGGCUCCGCAUAGGGGCAAGAGCGGACAAGUGAGCUCUCAGGCGAUGUGGAAGCCCGCUUACGAUUUUCUGCACACGUGGAGCCUGCGCUAUGGGGACUGCUACAGGGAUGCUAUCCAGGACCUGCACCUGGCCUUGGACGGGAUGAGGAGCCGUAUCACCCGGCAGUGGAGGCAGAUCACGGGCGCGCUCGUUGUUGCCCACUGCGCAGACAUCCUUCACGCUUCCGCCUUCCCCGAGUCCCACCCGUAGAGCAUGCAGGCACGCGGGCCAGGCGUGCUAUUUCUACGUUGCAAGCGGGUCCCUUGAGGUUAUGCGAAGGUCCUGCUCGCAUCUGCGUGCUUUUCGAAAGGCCGUGCUUGGGGGCCCGACUCGGAAACGGUCUCCCUGGUUACGCUUGCACUCGGGCCUCCCUCAGCCCCCUGCCUUAGCUGUGCCUGAAAUAUCUGUGAGGAAUUCAUGGGAACACUGUGUUACCUAAGGUAAAAGCACAGCUGUAAAUUCUUCUUUCUUUGGCUUAGCGCAAAGUACAAGGAAUUGGUGAAUUGGUUUGACCUCGGCUCCACGUUGCAGUACAGUAAUAAUUACAUCCUGUGGGAAGACCAUAAUUGCUCUGAAUGCUGGUCUUCAUUCAGCUGCAUGUCCUGAGAAUGAAUGUUUUUGAUAUUAAUUGAUAUUAAUUUUUAACUUCAAUCGCACCUCCUUAGAUACAAUAUUUAUAUUGCAUGAAUAGUUAUGCACUUAAAUGUUUUGUACCCUUUCCCUGCAUUUCUUAACUCAUCAGAUGUUCUUCUCCAGAAGAACACGUGUUGCUAUGUAGGAAAAUAUACACUUGAAAUUUUACUGAAAUAAUUGCUGUUUUGAUUGUAAUAUAGUCAUCUGGCAGUUUAAAACCUCUAGAAGCGAAAAAGGAAUAGUAUAUCACUACAGUAUUUCUUCCUUGUUAUCUCUGUUGUGUCGUUUUUCUGUUCCAGCAAAUUCCCAUCAUGUUAUCUUUAGCGUUUGCUUUAUUUAAAGAGGCCAUUGUAAGCAAUUCCCAUGGACUGUUUUGCCUUAAAUUAUUGCCUGGUAGCUUAAUUGUAUGUUUUUUAAGAGUUUAAAAUGUCUUCAGGUCUGGAAAUUGCUCAUCUUCUCCUGCCCAGUCACGUUUGAAAUGGGUCACCAUUCGGAAUCCGGGGUCUGCGUUUCUUGAAAAAGAGACUUGGGGAUUUACAUGCAUAACCCGAGGAGCACUUGUAUGAAAAGACAAAUAUUUGUGCUGAAUGUCUUUGGGAAUGUGUUUUGAAAAACACUGGGAAAGUGUUCCUGUUCAGCCGAGCGGAAUGUGUGGAAAGAAAAUCUUGUUUUUUGGACUGCAAAUGUUUACAAUGCCCUAAGCUGUUAUUCCGAGCCAGAACACCAAGGGAUGCUGCAGGAAAAACAGCUGUUUGUUGCCUUCUGUUCAAGUGAACGUAAAAAAAGAGUAAGAGCUAAAAAGGCAUUGCUGUUUAAAUCUGAUUUUGGUCUGCCUUAUGAUAUCAUGAUGGUCACUGUUUGUAGAGAACUUCACUUGUAGCACAUGUAGCCCCUAUGGGAACUUUUUCUGUGUG